UUUUUUAAAUAUUUUUAAAUAUAAUGAUUUUUUCUUAAAAUUUUUAAUUAAAAAAAUAGUUAUUAUCUUUAAAGUUUAAUGAUAAUUAAAUAAUUACAUUUGAAAGAAAAUGUCGUCAGAUAGAUUUCAUAAAGCUGCAAAGGAUGGUUUAUUGGAAGUACUCAAAGAUGCGACAAGACGCGAUGCAAAUAGUAAAGAUGCAGAUUCGAUGACACCAGUUCUUUGGGCUGCAUUUGAAGGUCGAUUAGAUGCUUUAAGACUUUUAGUUGGAAGAGGUGGAGAACCGGACAAAUGUGAUCAAUUUGGCAAUACUGCUUUACAUUUAGCUGCAGCUAAAGGUCAUAUGCAUUGUGUUGAUUUUCUUGUAAAAUUUGGUGUAAACUUAUAUUCGUUGGAUAUUGAUAAACAUAGUGCAAAAGAUUUAGCAGCAAUUAAUAAUAGAGAUGAUAUUUUACGUUAUUUGGAUACAGCAACAGCUAAUUUUGAGAUCUCUGAAAGAAAAAAGGCAAAAGCUAUGAAAGAAUUGGCAGAAAAAAAUUGUGAAAAAAGAAUAAAAGAAUAUGCUAAAAGACAACAACGUUUAGAACAAGAAUUGGGAAAUGUAAAACCACCACAACCACGGCCAUCAAUGUUGGCAACUUUAAAACAUAAGAUUUGGUCAUCUAGUCAUGGCAAUUUAAAAAAUAUUUCAAAUAAUAGUUCACAUGAACAACAAAAUUCAAAUGUCAUAAAAUUUAGUGACUUAGUUGGUAGUGGAUCUGUAUCAAGUCGAUCUGGUAAAAGUGCUGUACAGAAAAAGGCAUUCGAAAGUAAAAUGAAACAACAAAGAUUAAAAAAUCAAGAACGUAUGAUGAUGAUGGAUGAUAAUGGUUUUAAAAUUGGUGAAAUUGAAGCAGAUGGUAAACGUACAAUAACAUCAUUAACUGGUUUACAAAGAGAUUCUGAAGUAUUAUAUGUUGGUACAUUUAGUUCAAAUGAAGAAAGUGGUAAACGUGGUAAAAUAGCUGAUGUAUUUGAUGUUGAUACAAAUAGUGAUAUUGAACAUGAAAGUCAACGUUUAGGCUAUGGUACAUUAUCAAGAUCAUUUUCUCAACCAGAUUUUACAUUACAUAAUUGUCGUGAUGACGAUGAUGAUGAUGAUGAUAAUGAUGAAAUUAGUAAUGAUAUAAGAAUGCAAAGACCAACAAGUUUAUUUGAUAGACCAAUAGGUAGUUUAGCAUUUAGAAGAUCUGUAACAGCAGCUUUGAGUCAAUUACAUCCAGAUUCAACAACAACAACAAAUUCAUCAUCUAGAAAAAAUGCAUCAUCAUUAUCAAAACGUAUGAAUAAAGGCAGACCAUUUUUAGGUAUAUCUGAUUCAGAUUCAGAUGGUGGAACAGAUACUGAUGAUGAUCAAGAGGAUAUUACAACACCAAUACAAAGAUUUUUGGCUGUAUUGGGAUUAGAAGAAUAUUACCACAUCUUUCAAAAACAACAAAUUGAUUUGGAUACUUUAAUGCUAUUAACUGAAUCCGAUUUAAAAACGCUAAAUUUACCAUUAGGACCAUUUAGAAAACUUGUUAUUGCCAUACAAGAGAGAAAAAAUGCCUUUGCAAAUCCUGGAGUGAUGCAAGAUAGCCGAUUGUGAAUUGAAUAAGAGUAUUAAAUGCGUGCUACGAAAGAUUUUUUUAUUUUUAUAUAAUGCUUUACUAAAAUUUUUAUUAACGUAUUUACAAAAUAUAAUUUAUAAUUAUUUAUAUAACAUAGCAUUCCUUUUU